AAGCAGACACUACAGACUUUGAUGGCUUCAGGCAACACAGGACCAAACUGCACCGUCAGUUCAGCGGACGUCAUGGAUGAGAUGUCCAUCUAUGUUAAUGUAGAGAGACCAUCAGGUUGUCACAGCCAGAGGAAAAGGAAGAUAAACAUAUCAGAAAAUAUUUAUGAAAAUGUGUCUCUCCUCACUCUGGGGCCAAACAGAACUGGAACUGCACCCUCAGGUGCUGAAGAAGUGAAGAAGAACUCCUGCAGAGCUGCUGCAGUGUGUCUGGGUCUGUUGUGUCUUCUCCUUCUGGCUGGACUCAUAACUCUGGUUUGCAUCUUCACCAAGAGCAACUCUGAGAGGGAAACGAACAUUAUCCUGUUACACAGCAGUUACAACAACCUGACUAAAGAGAAAGACGAGUUACAGACCAGACACAACAACCUGACUAAAGAGAAAGACCAGUUACAGACCAGAUACAACAACCUGACUAAAGAGAAAGACCAGUUACAGACCAGAUACAACAACCUGACUAAAGAGAAAGACCAGUUACAGACCAGUUACAACAACCUGACUGAAGAGAAAGACGAGUUACAGACCAGACACAACAACCUGACUGAAGAGAAAGACGAGUUACAGACCAGACACAACAACCUGACUGAAGAGAAAGACGAGUUACAGACCAGAUACAACAACCUGACUAAAGAGAAAGACGAGUUACAGACCAGACACAACAACCUGACUAAAGAGAAAGACCAGUUACAGACCAGAUACAACAACCUGACUAAAGAGAAAGACCAGUUACAGACCAGUUACAACAACCUGACUAAAGAGAAAGACCAGUUACAGACCAGAUACAACAACCUGACUAAAGAGAAAGACCAGUUACAGACCAGUUACAACAACCUGACUGAAGAGAAAGACGAGUUACAGACCAGUUACAACAACCUGACUAAAGAGAAAGACUAGUUACAGACCAGAUACAACAACCUGACUAAAGAGAAAGACUAGUUACAGACCAGAUACAACAACCUGACUAAAGAGAAAGACCAGUUACAGACCAGUUACAACAACCUGACUAAAGAGAAAGACUAGUUACAGACCAGAUACAACAACCUGACUAAAGAGAAAGACCAGUUACAGACCAGUUACAACAACCUGACUAAAGAGAAAGACUAGUUACAGACCAGAUACAACAACCUGACUAAAGAGAAAGACCAGUUACAGACCAGAUACAACAACCUGACUAAAGAGAAAGACCAGUUACAGACCAGUUACAACAACCAGACUAAAGAGAAAGACCAGUUACAGACCAGAUACAACAACCUGACUGAAGAGAAAGACCAGUUACAGACCAGUUACAACAACCUGACUGAAGAGAAAGACCAGUUACAGACCAGUUACAACAACCUGACUGAAGAGAAAGACCAGUUACAGACCAGAUACAACAACCUGACUGAAGAGAAAGACCAGUUACAGACCAGUUACAACAACCUGACUGAAGAGAAAGACCAGUUACAGACCAGAUACAACAACCUGACUGAAGAGAAAGACCAGUUACAGACCAGAUACAACAACCUGACUGAAGAGAAAGACCAGUUACAGACCAGUUACAACAACCUGACUGAAGAGAAAGACCAGUUACAGACCAGUUACAACAACCUGACUGAAGAGAAAGACCAGUUACAGACCAGAUACAACAACCUGACUGAAGAGAAAGACCAGUUACAGACCAGAUACAACAACCUGACUGAAGAGAAAGACCAGUUACAGACCAGUUACAACAACCUGACUGAAGAGAAAGACCAGUUACAGACCAGAUACAACAACCUGACUAAAGAGAAAGACAAGCUGCAAGAGAGAUUUGAAGCCCUGACCAAAGACAUAAAUGAUCUUCAGAGAGAGAGAGGUUGUUAUAUCCCAGGAAAAUGAAGGCUCGAUUUACUGCACACAAAGGAAGAGGAUCGCGCUUGAGUUGUACCUAUCUUUCACAAUGAAGGCUGUAGACAUAUACACUGCAUCAUUGCUUACCAGAGAGCAUUUUGCAAAGAGGCGACUCAACAAAAAAGCUUAACUCAGGAUCCCUGGCUUCCUGUCCAUCCGCCUGCCUGCUACCUGCUACCCACUUCACCCUCUGCCUCCACAAGCAGGAUGUUCUCUGUCCUCCGAACCCUUUCCCUGGAAACCCCUUAAAUAUACCUCCUAUCUAUUGUAUUAUUAAGUAAUACUUCCCUGCUUUUGGUGUGUGAUUUAUCUAUGCCCCCUGACCGAUCCUUUGUUGGAUCCAAUACACAAUUAAAAUCCCCUGCUAUAGGGCGUCCCGGUAGCUCAACCGGUGGCACAGGCGUCCGAUAUACAAAGGCUUAGUCCUUGCCCACAGCGGCCACUGGUUCGAGUCAGACCUGUGGUGUUUGCU